AUGUCAUCAGCGACAGAGGUCGGGAAGGAUACCGACCCCGUCACCCGGGAACUGAACGCUCCUACGGACGAGGAAUACGCAUCGUCUACUAAUGAUGGAGUCCAGCAAUUCGCUUAUUCCGACGAGCGGAAGAUCGGUGUUACCGGGGCUGUGUUUCUGAUUUUGAAUAAGAUGAUCGGAACCGGAAUUUUCUCCACUCCUUCCGCCAUCUUCGCAGCAACUGGAUCUGUUGGUAUAUCAAUAAUAUUAUGGAUCGUGGGUGGUAUCUUGACCUUCUGUGGUCUGAGCGUGUUCCUUGAGUUUGGUCUGGCUAUUCCGCUCUCCGGCGGUGAGAAGAACUAUCUCGAACGAGUUUACCGCCGCCCGCGUUACCUAGCUUCGUGCGUUUUGGCAGCGCAGAUGAUCCUGCUGGGUUUCUCGUCAGGAAACUCCCUCGCAUUCGGUCGGUAUAUCCUGGCCGCCGCCGGAAGCACACAAGGGGAUGGUUGGACGGCCCGUGGUAUCGCCAUCGGCUGCAUUACUUUCGUUGUCGCGCUGCACUCAAUUUUUCCUAAAUGGGGAUUGAGGCUCGUGAACCUCCUCGGAAUAUUCAAGGUGGUCAUAGUGAUAUUCAUCGUAUUUUCGGGAUUCGCCGCCAUCUCCGGUCGACUCCUCAUCGAGCCGCCUGGUAACUUCAAGAACGCGUUUGCCAUCGAGGUGUCGGAGAAUUACGGUGGCCAGGGCGCAUAUGGAUACGCGACGGCGUUGCUGCAAAUCAUCUACAGCUACAAGGGCUGGGAAAAUGCCAACUACGUGCUUGGAGAACUGAAGAAUCCCCGCAAGACCCUCGCGAUCGCAGCACCCAUCGCCAUCGGCGGCGUCACCAUCCUCUAUGUCCUAGCCAACGUGGCAUACUUCGCAGCGAUAACGAAGGACGAUCUCGCUACCUCUGAGGUGUUGGUGGCUGGCCUAUUCUUCCGUAACGUUUUCGGGGACAGUGCUGCCGCACGGGCUCUGCCCGCUUUUGUUGCUCUGAGCAAUUUGGGUAAUGUCUUGGCUGUGAGUUUCGCUCACGCUCGACUAAACCAGGAAUUUGGUAAGGAGGCUCUUCUGCCUUAUGGAAAAUUUUGGGCAUCUAUCAAGCCGUUUAAUGCGCCGGCUGCUGCUCUGUUUCUUCACUGGCUUAUUACAGUGAUCAUUCUCGUCGCCCCUCCCGCGGGUCCUGCCUACAACUUUGUCGUCAACUUAUAUACCUACCCCGGCGCCUGGAUCAACGGUUUUGUUACCGCCGGCCUCAUCUAUCUUCAUUACAACAAGUCAGAAAAAUGGACGUCGCCUUGGCACACAUAUUUACCAAUUAGUGUGAUAUAUCUGUUGGCCAACAUCUUCCUUGCUAUCGUUCCCUUUGUCCCCCCGACUGGGGACUGGAAUGCCGAGGGUUACCCCUACUUUGUGUUCCCCGUCGUCGGAGUUGGCGUUUUGCUUCUGGGUGUAGUGUACUGGGCAUGUUGGUCCAAGCUCUGGCCGGCAAUUGGGGGUUACAGGAUCGAAGCUCAUAGGAUUGUCGAGGACGAUGGUAAGGAGGUGGUGCGGUACCGGAAGAUCAAGACGAGAUAA